CUGACGUACGCCGGAAGUUACGUUAUUGUUUUUUUUAAUUAAGCAGAAAUAAGUGCAACGAUGGAGACAAGCGAGACUGGACGGGCUGGGUGGAAAUUCAAGCCUGUGCAAAAGAACAAGAUGACUGCAAACAUUCUGCGCCAGGAAGAACUCAUUGCACAGAAGAAGCGGGAGAUUGAGGCCAAGAUGGCAGAGCAAGCCAAGAAUUACCCCCAGACACCUAAGAAGCCAGUAACACCAAGUGCACCCAGUGUUCAAGCCUCAACAUCCAACAAGUUUGUGAAUGAUGGCAGCUUCCUGCAGCAGUUUCUCAAGAUGCAGAAAGAGAAAUCAAGUCCUGAUUUGGGCUCCCCUAGCAGUGAUUCAGACCAAGCUGCAACGUCCUCAGUGGCACCGUCUGCUGGUGGCACUCCAGCACAGAAGAAGAGCAUCCUUAUUGGGAAGAGGCCUGGUCUGGGCAUCAGCAGCAUGCUGAACCAGUUCAAGAACUACUCCCAGGCUAAGAAGGUGUCGCCACGCCCACCCCGACCCAGCAUCUUCGUCUCACCGGACGACGAUGAUGAGGAGAUGGACGACUCCCACUUCUUGGAGGUCAAAGUCUCCCCCCCAGAGGACCCGGAGGUGCGCUCCGUCCUGGACAAAAUGGCGGUGUUUGUGGCGGAGGGGGGGGCGGAGUUAGAGAGGAAGGCCAUGGAGGAUUACAAGGACAAUCCCCUGUUCUUGUUCUUGUAUGAUAAGAACAGCCGGGACUAUCUGUACUACAGGCGCAAAGUUGCAGAAAUAAGAAAAGAAAAUCCCAAACCAUCAGCUCCCACUCGUUCUUUUGUCUCCCCCCCAGUGGACGAGGAGACGCAGCAGGUGGCCGAGAAGCUGGCCAAGUUUGUGGCCGAUGGCGGUCCGGAGGUGGAGGCCAUCGCUGCUGAGCAUAACCGUGACAAUCCAGCCUUCAGGUUUCUGUACGAGCCCCACAGUGCGGCGCACCGCUUCUACAAAGAGAAGGUCGAGGAGUUCCGUCAGGCAAAAGCUGGGCAGAGCCCACCAGCCCACGCUGCGGAGGCUGCAUCGGGACACAGACGGCAGGGCGGACCGUCUCUUCAUCAGCAAGCCAGCAUGGGCAACCCGGCCCACCGUGCCGAGCUCGCAAGCAGCAAGCGGAAGCGGAAGAGCCGCUGGGGCUCGGAGGAGGAUCGUGUGGAAAUGCCUCUGCCUUCUGUUGUAAUCCCCGCUGAGGCAGACCCUGAACCGGAAACGGCCACCCUCUCUGCUCAGGAGCUCAGAGGCCUAGGCUACAAGAAAGGCAAGCCUGUUGGCCUGGUGGGAGUAACAGAGCUCUCUGAAGACCAGAAGAGGCAGCUUAAAGAGCAGCAGGAGAUGCAGGAGAUGUUCGACAUGAUCAUGAAGCACAAGCGGGCCAUGCAGGAGAUGCAGCUGAUGUGGGAGAAGGCUGUGCGUGACCACCAGCACGAGUAUGACAGCGACGAGGAGGUGGACGCACAGAAAGGAACCUGGGAGCACCGGCUGCGGCAGAUGGAGAUGGAAAAGACGCGCGAGUGGGCCGAGCAGCUGACUGAGAUGGGCAAAGGGAAACACUUCAUUGGCGACUUCCUGCCUCCAGAGGAACUGGAGAAGUUCAUGGAGACAUUCAAAGCUUUGAAGGAGGGGCGGGAUCCCGAUUACUCGGAGUACAAGGAAUUUAAGCUGACGGUGGAGAACAUCGGCUUCCAAAUGCUGAUGAAGAUGGGCUGGAAGGAAGGAGACGGCCUCGGCUCCGACGGGCAAGGAAUCAAGACCCCUGUCAGCAGGGGCACAACUGCCGUUGACGGUGCUGGGUUUGGGGUGGACCGGCCUGCGGAGUUGACAAACCAGGAUGACGAGUAUGACGCUUUCCGCAAGCGAAUGAUGCUGGCAUACCGCUUCAGGCCCAACCCACUGAAUAACCCAAGAAGACCCUACUAUUGAAGCAAGCAGCAAUGCCGUUACUGUUUUCACAGUUGCAUCAUAAAAAUAGGAGAUGGUUAAGAAAGCUAAUCAAAUCAGCUUCCGGUAAAAGGGGAUUUGUGAUUGCUUUUAUUGUAAAGACAAGCGUAUAGUAUCCCUGGCUUCUGUGGUCACCCAAGAAGAUGUCUAAAUAGGCUUUUCUUUCCCGUGACACUGAGAAUCGAAGGUCAGUAAUUUUCGAGCAGCUUGGCCGGUGUUUUAAAGAGCCACGCUGGUCUCUCACACAUGGCAAUUGACUUCACAUUCACACUUUAUACUGCACAACUGCUAAUCUUAAACACCGAUCUGUUGAAAUUAAUAUUAAGCAGUGCUAUUUGAUGUUUAACAGUAUUCAAGAUGUUUCAAGAACCAAAACGACAGUUUGCACCAAGUGAAUGUACCUAUAAUUUUUUCCGUACGACAUAUGAUUUUUAAGUGGGUGUUUAGUACUACAUAUCAAGCUUUUAGGUUUAAUUGCAUUAUUAAAUCUGCCGUAUAUGUCAUGUGGCCGAUUUAAUAAAACAUGGCCUGUU